AUGUCAACUUAUCAAUGGGUACUACUUUGUGUUGUGGUGACAUUGGUGGCGGCUCAAUUCGAUGGUGAGAAAGAGAAACGCAAGAGUGCUUACAUGAGAUUCGGAAGAUCAGAUCCGGAAAUGAUGGAGAAACGGAAAAGUGCCUACAUGCGGUGAGUAAAUAAUAAUAACUUGUUUUGUGACUGCAUAGAUAAAAUAUGAUUCUUCGAGAAUUCAAAUAAGAAUUAUAGUCACCACAUUUAUUAUUUGAAUUUCCUCCGGAAAGGAAUACAAUUUUCAUUUUCAGCCAAUUUUUGUUCUGACGAGAAAUGAAAAAUAGUUUUUUCUCUGUUUGAUUUGCCGAAAAAAACGGCAAGUGUGGGAGAAAUUUAUUUUAAGUUGAAUAAAGAUUUGACAUAACAAAAACGUAAAAAUUGGAGUACUGUGGGAUUUGAGAACAUUGUGAAAAAAACAAUGCGUACUUUCAAGGAUUUGCCGGAUUACCUGACUACUGUAGAUUAGGUCAUGAGUGUUUUGAUGGAAGAAAAUCGGAUUUAAAAAUUUUUGAAAAUACAUCCAAAUACGAGUUCUACAGUAACCCAAGUCUAAUCUCUUCCCACGCAAGAAACCUCACACGACUUCCUAUUUUAGACAAAAAAAACUUGAGACUGACUAACUGAUCUUGAUUUUUAGAAAAAAAUCUGUUUAUCAACUUUCCCGGAGAGCAAGCAUAAUCUUAUUAUCAGCCCACACAGAAACCCUUUAAAAAUAAAUGUCAGAAGCCUCAAAAAAUCCAAAAAUAUCUCACAUAUUAAUAAUCCAUAAUCAAACGGAAUAUUUUCCCACGUUUCUCGUUUUUUUUUCCCUCAAAAUCUUCCUGGUCCGCAAAAAAAGUAGUUUAGAAAAGAAGUAGUAAAUGGAAACUUGAAUAAUUACAACAUCACAUGAGAUAUAUUUAUUUUGCAUAAAUGUGUAGGAGAAAUGUCUAACAUAGAAAAAUUAUCAUCAUUUCAUGAUUCAUAAUUAUAUUUGUAGAUUUGGAAAACGUUCUGGAGAUGAAGGAGUUGAAGUUGAAGAUGAGGAUCACGAUAUGAUGAAAAGAAAAUCAGCAUAUAUGAGGUACAAAUCAAACUUGAAGGAGAAUACAUUCCAAAAAAACACAAUUUUUCCAGAUUCGGUAAAAGAUCAGAUUCUGAAUUGCAACAAGAAGAGGAUCACGAAUUGGCCAAGAGAAAAUCAGCUUACAUGAGGUAUUUGGUUGUUUUGUUGAAUUUUAAGAUGCAUGUUUUUAUUUUUUCAGAUUUGGCAAAAGAUCAGCGGCCGAAGAACUCGAUAUGGAAAAAAGAAAAUCGGCUUAUAUGAGGUAUCACACAAAUCUGAUUAAUUUUGCUAAUGGAAGAUUUUCAGAUUCGGAAAACGUUCGAUUGAUGAUGGACUUGAAAUGGAGAAGAGAAAGUCGGCAUACAUGAGAUUCGGAAAACGUUCAUUCGAAGAAGGUGUUGAGGAACCAGAAGAGCGCGAGAUGGAAAAAAGAAAAUCAGCAUACAUGAGGUAACCCAGAUAAACUUCUAUAGAUAUACAAUACGAAUAUAUUUUUUGCAGAUUCGGAAAACGUUCAUUCAACGAAGAUUUGGAUAUGGAAAAGAGAAAGUCGGCCUAUAUGAGGUGAGAAAACUAAAGAAAAAUUAACAAAAAAAAAUGAAUUUUCAGAUUUGGUCGUUAA